AUGAAAUUGUUGGAACGCAAACAGCAAGAACUGCAGCGUGUAUCAACAGAAAUCCAGAUUCUUUCUCGCGGAAACCCGCAACAACAGCGUAAAUGUGCACGUUUACUAUACAUAUCUUGGCAGAAAAUCUCCAAUUUCAGGCUUGAUGAGCUAAAAAAGCAAAUAGAAACUAUUGGAGGAGAUACAGGAAGUGCCAAGAAGAAGCGCAAAAAAUUGGAGAAAGAAUAUGAGGAAGUAAGAGAAAAAGUUGGUAAAGGUGAAGAAAUGAAAGAAAGUGAGGGAGCUAACGACAGCACACUGUCGAUUCAAACCGAUGAAAACAUAUAUUUGGGUGAACAACAACCAGAAGUAAAGCCAAUUCAUAAGGACCAAUUCGGUGUAUAUGAACAAAUUAGAGCUACAGAUGGAGUUGAAGAACGAAUGCUUAAAAGAAAGAAAAUUGUAUCAGAAUCUGAAGAUGUAUUUACUCUUCGAAUAGCCAGCUUACGUGGCAUAGAAAAAGAUAUUGGUAAUAUGAUUGAACGAAUAGCCAGUCCUGCUAUAAUAAAAUUUGAGGAAGAAUUAAGGCUCAUCCGUAAGAGAAGUAUUAAGGAUAUCAGACUGCUAAAAAUAGAGAUAGCAAAAUUAGAAAAACGACUAAAUGAAAUCAAUUACAACUGCAGAACAUGUGAAUCAAGCAUGGCAAAAAUGAAUUUAACAACCAAAAGAAUGUUAUUUGAUUUAAUCGGUUUUGUAGUGUACAUUUUACGAAAUGCCUUAUAUCUUGUUGCACGAAUACGUGAUUUACUUGUCUCUCAAAACGAAAAUUAG